AAAAGCGAGACCAAGCCAAAGUCCCUUUUUUUCGUAGGUACCGGUUGACAAAGGAUGUUAUCGACACGACAGUUGCGCGUUUCACGUCGCUGUCCAAGUCCACAAAACGGCUGUCAAGCCUACAACACGUACGGAUCUGGACCAAGCCAUCGGAUGCACAGCGGCCACAGCAAGAAGGGUUGAGCUAUUCUGCAGCAAAGUCUGACACGAUGUCUUCUGGAGACUCUUCGAAGAAAGAAGCCAAGGCCCAAACUGAGGGCGAAACAUUCAAGGGCAGCAUAAGCGGUGCAAUAUCCAAGACCUGUCCCCCAAUCUACGACUUUGCCAAAUUAUUUGGUAGCGACGAGACGCUCUGGGUCGGCAUAGCAGUCGUCGUUCACCUAACCCUAUAUACAACCAUACCUCGAUCGCUAUUAUUCCUACUGCCAUAUCCGUCCGUAUACCUCAUGCCGAUCUACCAUACCAUGAAGGCCUUACAAAACGCUCGGGAACCCAAGAUGAGGGCGAUGUGGCUUUCGUACUGGGCCGUGAUCGGGUUCGUUGACACGUGCGAGCUUAUCAUCUUGGGAAGCAUGGCACAGACUCUGACAUACUGGCCACUGAUCAAGAUCAUAUUUGCCAUCUUUUUGAUGUGCGAGACGACAGAUUUUACGGCCGAGCCGAAGAUAGACGAGGCGCUAAAAAAGUCGCUAGCCAAGACGGUUUCAGCUGAGCGGAGACUAAAACAAGCUCAGGGAGAAGAAAAGGGCAAGAUCGACGCCUGGAGAAAGUUGCAAAACGCGAAGAACGAGGUGGAAGUGGCCAAGACCAUGUUUCGUCCCAAGCGCUACCAUUGUUUCAUGCUGGUCGAACCGUUCUUGCCCGUCACAGCUUGCGCUGGAGGACCGAGUAUCAAUCAUCGGGAGCCGCCUCCCGAAGCCAAGAUCGACCCCAAGACCGGGAGGCCGGAAAAGACGGACGAGGAGAAACGGGACGAAGACCGCCUGGCAGAGAUCAAAAAGUGGCAAUUCGAGCGGGAGAGGCGGGCCGGAGGAGAGGGUCUCGGCAACUGGCUUCAACCUGUUAUCGACUAUGGAGGCCAAAUCGUCGACCACAACCCGGUUACCGAUUCGAUGGGCAAGAUCUUGCCUCAGCAUCAGCAUGGCAAGUCGGGCGAGGUGAAAUACGGUACCCCCUGGGACAACGAUCAACAGGCGCUGGAUCCCAAGACCGGUCUACCCCUUGGCGAUGCCCCUCGAGGCAAAAAUACCGCAAGGGAAAAGGACGGCAAGCGUAUCCACCUCUUGCCAGACGUUGCCUGGAGAGAAUACGCCACGAAUCCUGGCGAGUCGACCACCAUGUAUGACAACGAUCCGUGGAUGGGGGCGCAGAGAGACCUCGGUCUUGGUUUCAAGGGAUGGUCCGGGCACGAGACGACAGAGGUGGCCGAGCUGGAUACUGUCAAGAUGAGUCUCGAUCCGUCGGUCGAUUGGGAAAUGAUCAAGCGCUCGAACGGAGCUUACUCGUAGUGAUACACGACGAGACAACGAGACCGUUGCGGUACCACGAAUUUUUAUCCCCUUGUACAGAUUUUCCAUGCCUUGACCAUAGCAAAAGCCAGCACGCCGAUGGUUUCCUGCUCGCCGAUCGUUGUGCAACAUCCUGACCUAAUUAUAUGCCAGG